AUGCCAUCCGCGGCCGAGAAGACACGGGCGCUCUACGAGAGCCACGGAUUGACUCAUAAUGUUACCAAGACUACUUCUGGGUCCGAGGUCCAUAGUUAUAUAUCGGAUUUGGGUCCUGAUGCUCCAAUCUUGACACUGAUACAUGGCUAUCCGCAAUCUGCAUAUGAAUAUCGAUAUCUUGUUCCAGCACUCAAAGACAAAGUAAGUCUUUUUGUUCCUGAACUACCUGGAUACGGGAUUUCCACGCCCAUUAAAUCAUCCGACCCAAUUCCAGCGAAUUCCAAACGUUCCGUAGGGAAUGCGCUGCUUGAGUCUCUGGGCGCAGUCUUCAACACGAAAUCGUCUUCAUCUCCGAGGAAGGUCAUCAUCGGAGGACACGACCGCGGCGCACGAAUCUCCCACCGUCUAGCCGUGGACUUCUCACACCCACCAGCCGCCACGGCCCUAGGUGCCACGCCAGAGACGAAUGAUAUCUAUAAAAAGCUCAACAUCACAGUCCUCGGCACCGUUCUGAUGGACAUCGUGCCCACGUCGGUGCAAUGGGCGAAAUUCGCCGAUCCAGUCAUCGCCUCGGGUUAUUUCCACUGGCCACUGCUGGCCAACGCAGAGCUCGCCGCCACUCUCCUCGACUCAUUCGGAGGCGCGGCAUGGGCACGUGGAGGGCACACGCGCAUUUCUGGCCCGAAUCCAAAAUCGAUCGAACGGAUUUCUGCAGACGGCGGACUCGAUAUCUACAGCGAGAAUUUCGCUACUAAGGAAGUGCUAUACUAUACUGCACUGGACUAUGCGGCGGGUUCAACACCUGAGGUCACAGAGCAGGAUGAAGACCAGAAGGCCGGCAGGAAAGUCGGCGUGCCCAUCCUCGUCAUGUUCAGUAAAGCCAAGCUGGGGGCCAGGACGGACGUCGCGGCCGAAUGGAAGCAAUGGGUUCAGACGGGUGUCGACUAUGAGGGUGUUGGCAUUGGAGAUGGGUAUGGUCAUUAUCUGCCCGAGGAGGCUUAUGAGACGGUGCUCGAGAACAUCUACAAGUUCAUCGAGAAAGUCACUUAG